GUCACUACCAACGCAGCACAGCGCAUGUUGCGUAUGUUGACAUGUGGACCGAUGUUGUGGACGUAGAGUGCCUAUUUGUUUGAAGUAUGCAGCCUUUAUCUGAUAUAAUAUAGCGUUAUUCCCAAUGAGUGUAUAUUGGUUUGGAUGUAUUUUCAGAAAACGAAAAAUUUCGGUAAGGAAGCGUCCAUUUAACGUUACCAACUUUUUUACACGUAACACGUUACCGUACCGACUAGCAGGAUAAUAGUUACAUGAUCAUCUUGUCUGGUACUUAACUUGUUCCUGGUUCAGUGUCCAGUAAACAACUUAAUUUGAGUAUUUUACGGACAUCAACGAAGAUGCUGAGUGACCAGGAGGCUAAAGAACUGUUGUCUUUCCUCACGCUGGAAAUGAGGCCCGAUGUGAAGGGUCAAGCCACCGUAUAUAUUCUGGGUCUCACUGGCACCAAAGAUGGCUGCAGGUACCUGAGGGGGAAACCCGACUUCCUCCGGGCUCUCUUGACCCUCACUAAGGACCACUCCAUUGCCAUCGUUAAAGACUGCUACCAUGCGUUCGUCAACCUUUCUGCAGACGAGACCUUGCAUCAGGUUCUAGUGAAGGAGGCAAACAUUUUACCCAGUCUUUUUGCCAAUCUCCUCGACCCGGACUACGACUUUGCGGACAGGAUAUGUACCAUUCUUUCCAACCUCUCUCGCCACGAGAAGACCUGUAAGGAAGUGUUCAGGGUGCUCCAGGAACAGGAAAUUGGCCUGGCAAAAAUAGUGGAGAUCUUCUGCACUGAGGGGUACAACAAGAAGGCCCCCCUCCAUUACCUGGGUCCACUGCUGUCAAACCUCACCCAACUCCCAGAGGCCAGACACUUCAUCCUGGAUAAGGAAAGGUGUGUGGUCCAGCGACUCCUGCCAUACACACAGUACGAUCAGUCGACAGUCAGGCGUGGUGGAGUUGUGGGCACAUUAAGAAACUGCUGCUUUGACUACAGCUAUCAUGAGUGGUUACUAAGUGAUGCGGUGGACAUCCUACCGUUCCUCCUGCUGCCCAUUGCUGGGCCUGAAGAACUGACUGAGGAAGAGAACGAAGGACUACCUGUGGAUCUGCAGUAUCUUCCAGAGGAUAAGGAGAGAGAAGAAGACCCUGAUAUUCGCAAAAUGCUUGUGGAGACUCUGCUCCUGCUAACGGCUACCAAGGCGGGUCGCCUGAUAUUGAAGAAUAAGAACGUGUACCCUAUCAUGAGGGAGUUCCACAGGUGGGAGAAGGAACCUCAUGUUGAGGCUGCCUGUGAGAAGCUUGUACAGGUCUUGAUUGGGGAUGAACCGGAGCCUGGAAUGGAAAACCUGAUGGAAGUGGACAUUCCUGAAGAUGUGGAGGUGAAGCUGAAAGAGAUGGAAGCAAAAGAACAGGAGCAGCUGGAGAGGGAGGUGGAGGAACUGCUCAAAUCUGAGUCAGAAAAGAAGGAACCCAAGAGUACACCAGAGGAUGGACUGAGCAGAUAAAGUACAUACAGCCUUACAAAAUUCCACUGGUAUUGUAUCAUCGGAGUGUCCUAAAAUGGAAGUGUACAUUUGUUUUGGAAAGACGUUGGACAGAAUCAUGAUUUUGUUAAUUAACGUUGCCAUUAUUGCAGAAAGGCAUAUGUGGAUUUUAAUGAGAAAAAAAAAGUCAGAGAUGGCUGUACAGUCUCAAAUACAAUCAUUUUUAACUAUGUGUUAUCACGCCUUUACAGAAGGGUGGAGUAAGUGACAGGUCCGGCAAUCCACUGGUUCUGCGUUAUUAUCCAAGUAUAUUUCAGGAUGUUAUUGUAUUGCCAGAGCUUCCCCUUCAAUAGCCUUAAGGGGGCAGGGAGCCCACCCCUGCCAGCCCCUAACCCCCUUCAUCACCACAAGUAUUGUACAACACAAGUACAGGUACAAAUACAUGAGCAAGUUUAUCAUUUCAAUGUAAUUAUAGUUUUGUCAUUUUUAUGGUAAUAUAUGUAUAUAUAUAUAUAUAUAUAUAUAUAUAUAUAUAUAUAUAUAUAUAUAUAUAAAAACAGCAACUACAUUGUUCACGCCAUUAUGGAUUCAGGACCAUGGACAAUGAUUGAACACUUUGGAAUUCAUACCAAUCCUUGCCAUUAAGGUCAGAGGUCAAACAAUUUUAGCAUUGGAUCGGAAGCAAACAUGCAUUGCAUUUAUUCAUCAAGACGAACAUUUGCCAAGUUCUAUUGUAAAAACUUUACUUGUUGAUCUCUUGGUUACAAUCCACCUUUCAGUUUCUUGUGUGUUCAAAAUGCGAAAGCAAAUUCUAAAUCCACCAUUUUGACAGACAGGAAAAUUGUUGGCUGGUUGCAUACUGACGCCUGCUUUAUAGGUAGCUGUCUGGGCAAAAUAAAGCAAAGCUUUCUUUAUCUUUGUACUGUGUAAGCCAUCUCGCGCAUGCAUGUUUUAAUAAGGUAUGUCAGUCACUCGAUAAUAAGAAGUCCAGUACGACUCUUUUUACGUCUCCAUUUCACAGGUGAUUGAGGUCUAUAUCCGCCUUCUACAUUCUACAAAACAAUAAACAUAGUCAGCUAC